AUGUUGAGGAAGAGGAAGAAUACUAUUCGUCAUUCAAGUUCCAUGAUAGGGGUAAUUUUAAGUGAGGAGGUGGAUAUUGUGGCUGAGAUUGAAGGCUAUUUUAGUGAUUUGUUUACAUCUGCAGGUCCUUCUGCAGAGUUUAUACAAGAGGCUCUGGAUGGUAUUGAUACACGGUUUGAGCCAUGGGAGAAUGGGGCUUUACUUCGGCCUUUUACUGAGUCUGAUAUUGAUCCAGCAGUCUGUGAUAUUGCUUUGCGACUGCGUACAACUCUUGGUCCUCUUAUUUCCUCUUUUCAAAGUGCAUUUGUUCCGGGAUGGUCAAUACAUGAUAAUGUUAUUGUGGCUUUUGAAUUGCUUCACUCAUUGUAUAAGAAGAAUAAUGGGCGUAAAGGGUUUAUGGCACUUAAGUUGGAUAUGAUACGUGGACAUGAAAUUGUGGAUUAUAUCCCCGGGAUCCCUACGAUUUGCGUUAAAGAUCUUCCCAUGAUUUUAGAUCGAAAGGUCUUAAACAUAGCCAAGGAAGAUACUUCUAGGGUUUCCAAGGCACAAUUCUUGUUGCUCACCUCAGUCUACAAGCUUGAAUCCCAAGUCUUUGACGCUUUAAAGGACAAGUUUCCCUUUCCUGUGUACCCUAUCGGACCCAGCAUACCUAACUUACAGCUUCAAACUUGUUUUGAUAGAGCUGACUAUUUCAAAUGGCUAGAUUCUCAUCCUCAAGGCUCUGUCUUAUACAUCUCACUGGGGAGUUUUCUUUCAGUUUCAACUCCCCAAUUGAAUGAAAUCGUGGCUGGAAUACGUGGCAGUGGCACGAGGUACUUGUGGGUGGCACGUGACAGUGUCUCAAAGAUCAAAGAUGGUGCUUGUGGUGAUGAUAUUGGGGUUGUGGUGCUAUGGUGUGACCAAUUAAGGGUGUUGUGCCAUGCUUCUAUUGGUGGGUUUUGGACUCAUUGUGGGUGGAAUUCUAUUUUUGAAGUUGUUUUCUCUGGAGUGCCUAUGCUGACUUGUCCUAUAUUUUGGGACCAAAUCCCAAAUAGCAAGCAAAUUGUCGAGGAUUGGAAAAUUGGGUAUAGCGUAAUAAAGAAAGUUGGGACGAUGACUAUUGAUCAGGGUUUGGUGACAAGAGAUAAAAUAGCAGAGCUUGUUAAGAAGCUUAUGGAUAAAGAGAGUAGUGAUGGAAAAGUGAUGAGUAAAAGAGUGAAGAAACUUCAAGUGGUAUGUCAUAAAGCAAUAGCCAAAGGUGGAUCAUCUAACUCAAACCUUGAUGCUUUUAUCAAGGAAAUUUCCCAUGGACAUGGUCCUAAGUAA